CACACAGCACAGCACGGAAGCAACACACGAGGAAAGCUAGCAAAUAGUCUGUGUUUAGCAUGAUGUAACGUUAGCUGUUUGUCUCUUUACUGAACUGCUCAAAUACUACACGGUCUAGCAACUACCAUGGGUCAGUUUUUUGUAUGUUUAUAAGAGUACUAGGGGAGCGUCACGUAGCUAACCUUAGCUAAUGUAAGCUAACGUCUCAUAACUCGAGGGAGGCACUCUGUUGACCUUGUACGCUAUUUUUCGUCAUAACGCUUUUUAAGUUAGUAAUACGUAUAAACUAAUUGUAUGUAACUGUCUGCGGAUAAGAAUGAAGUGUAAAUGUUCAGAUCUUAUUAAAGUAACUGAGUUAUUGAGUAGCAAUUGCCAUAACUCAGUCUGAGUUUUGUUCUGAAAAUAAGGACUCCAUAGUGUCAUAGCGUCCCGUUAUGUCUGUGUGGGUGACAGAGGAGGUAAUGAGAUGUGGGUUGCGCUUUUUCAGCCGCAGGUCUCAAUGGCAAAAGUGCAAUCUGUUGGGGUCAGCAUCAGUCAAAGACCCAUCGUUCCCUGGACAGCAGUUUAGUUCAGCAGCAAACUUUAGUGGUGCUAGUAAAAGUCAGACAUGCCUGGUUAGGAGGCUUGUUUCCUCAGUGAGAUUCUGCUCGCAGACUCACAGUGAGGAUUUGGAAGAGAAGGCACAUGUCUCUUCUCCACUGGAAGAUUCUUCACUUUGUUUGUCCACUGAGAUCCAAUCUGAUGAGGCAGCCUCAGUGAAGACACUGAAGAUGACACCUUACAGGUACAAGUUGAAUCUCUGUGCCUCCCCAACAGACGUGUUGGACCUCACCAGUGAGUACACACCCGCAGAUGGACAGCUUAGCAACUGCCUCAACCACAUGUGGACCACCACGAAAAGUCUGACAUAUGAGCAGCGGCGUUCUGAGCUGCAGCUGAUGUUUGAGCAUCCAGGUUUUGAAAGACUGUUGCAAAUGGCCAUGGAUAGAGUGGGACACAUGAACAAUGAGGACAUCGUUUACUCUCUCCUGGGAAUGGUCAAACUGGGCGUUUCCCAGGAUAGCCGUGUGGUCCAGACUUUCCUCCGAUACUCCCAGGAGAAUCUGAACAAACUCGAUGAGAAGAGCCUGUCCAUCUUGGCCAACUGUCUGGAUUCUAUGGAGGAUAGUGAAAACGUUCGUGCACUGAAGGAGGGCAUGAGUUCGGUAUCUGAGGCAAAUAUUCACAGCAUCAAGUCUGUAGUGGCUCUCCAGACCAUAAUGCGUCUGGUUGGGAAGAAUGCCCCACUAAACUUCAAAAAGAAACUUGAGAGAAAAGCCUUAUCAAUGAAAGACCAGUUCAGCCUCCCCAACGCUCAGUAUAUGAUCGUUACUAUGGCCUCAAUGGACUUCUGCUCCAAACCAUUGCUGGACUUCUGCAGUGAGCAGAUGAAAGAUAACAUCCAUGCGAUCCCCUAUAAAAGACUGAUGACCCUCGUGGACUCCUGCAGGAAGCUGCGCUACAGGAACAUCGAUCUGCUCACUGCCAUUUCAGACAACAUGGCCACUACCAUAGACAUGUGGACCAUGAAACAGGUGGUCAUCCUCCUCCCUGUGUUUAAAGACCUUGCUUUCUGUCCCGCUGCAUUAAUGGAGGCAUUUGCUGAGAAGGUGAUUGCCAACCCAGAAGCCCUGACACGGAAAAGCCUCUUAUGUGUCUUGAGGGUUUACUCCUCUCUCAACCACGAUCUGCAGCACCGAAGACAACCGUUCCUGGAUAGUCUGACUGGAGCUGUGGACUCCUAUCUCCCCAACAUGUCUGAGUUAGAGUUGUUACAGGUGGUAUACCAUCUGAGCGUAAUGGGCCACUUCCCCCCUGCACCACUGGAGCUGCUCCUGCACAGCAGCACACUGGACAAGUUCAACAAUACAGCACCCGAGCUCCUCCAGAUGAAGGCCAACAUGUUUCGUACAGUGGACUUGUGCCUCCGUCUUGAUCGCCCGCCGCUCCCUCGGCCCCUGACGGUCCCCCAAUCUGUCCUGGAUGGGCCCGAGCCUCCCCGUCUCAAAGUGAACCCGCUGCUGUCCCAGGGCCUCUGGACUGUCCUGGGGGACCGGGCAGAGUCCAUGCUGCAGGAGAUGGUGCUGGUGGAGAACCACUACUACAUAGAUGCUGUGAUAACCAAACCUGGACUGAGCCGAAGCUCUGAGGCUGAAGGAGAGCAGAGUUCUCCAGCAGAGAGCAGUCACAGACUUGCAGUCAUUUUCCAGCCAUCCACGUUCUAUUCCCAUGACAAACUGGCGGUCAAGAUUCGCCAUCUGAAGAUCCUUGGAUACGACACCGUGCUGGGGAAGGAAGACGAACUGAUGUCUGAGGAAAAGUGGAUAGAUUUCCUCAGGAGACUGAUUUUUCCAGAACACCAAACAUCAGUGGAGCAGCUGGGAUCAUGAGGACCAGAACCUGGUUCUGUACUCUAAACCUGAGCUUGAACUUUUAAGAAGGAAUAUGUAAUGAUUUAAAUAAACUUGGUCUGGACAUGCA